AUGCCUAAAGCUAAUAAACAGUCGAAAGGUCAUAAGGGCAAGGUGUAUUCUGUGCCGACCGCUCAGAAGAAGAAAGGUUUGGAAGUACCCAAACUCCACUCUCUGGCGAACAAGCAAAAAGCAAAGAUCGGUACCAGUACAGCGAGUCAUCCCACGCCUCAAUCAUUGGCUACCCUCUCUGCAGCAGACCAAUAUGGACCCGAAUCAAGCGGCGCUGGAUUAGGUGGAAUAUCGUUCUACGAACCGAUUGAUGCUUCUCUCACCACUCGAGAUUCAUCUUCGAAAGCGUUCAUGAGGGAGUUGAGAAAAGUGAUAGAGAGGAGUGAUGUGAUAAUACAAGUUUUAGAUGCGAGAGAUCCGGAUGGAACGAGGAGUAGAUGGGUAGAAGAGGAGGUGAGAAAGAGGGAUGUGCAGGGGAAGAAAUUGCUAGCGGUGGUAAAUAAGAUUGAUCUUGUGCCCCGAGCAAAUCUCGAAGCAUGGUUAAAACACCUUCGUCAUUCUUUCCCUACUAUGCCUUUCAAAUCCUCAACUCAGAACCAGCGUCAGCACUUAUCACAAAAUCUACCCGCUUUACCAACCACCUCGUCAUCCCUUGGUGCGCCUGCUCUUCUGCAUCUACUGAAACAAUACGCUUUAUCUACUCCACACUCAUCGUUGACAGUCGGUGUCGUGGGAUAUCCCAAUGUUGGAAAAUCAUCUUUGAUCAACUCACUGAAGAGAUCAAGAGCGUGUGCGGUAGCUUCCAUGCCAGGUAAGACCCGUGUGGUACAAGAAGUCGUACUAGAUAAGGGAGUCAAGAUUCUAGAUUGUCCUGGUGUGGUAUUGGAAGAUAUAGGUAGAUCCACAGAAGGAGAAGAGGGAAAGAAGAAACAAGCUGAGAUCAUGUUAAGGAAUUGUAUCAAGGCGGAAUUGGUCGAAGAUCCAAUAUCACCUGUCGAAGUGAUCUUAACGAAAGUAGAUCCGGCUCAGUUACAAAAACUAUACAAUAUACCUGCUUACGAUGGCGUCAGGGACUUCUUGAUCAAGAUAGCUCUCACAAGAGGUAGAUUAGGUAAAGGUGGUAUACCCGACUUGGAAGGAUCCGCAGUCCAGAUAUUGCGAGAUUGGAAUUCAGGUAAAAUAUCGUAUUUCACCGUACCCCCCGCUAUCCAUUUUUCUUCUGCUCCAUCCCAAUCCCAGAAACCCGCCAAUGCGGUCAUACCCAAUGGAGAAGAUGAUGUUGAGAUGAGUGGAGAUAAGGUUGGAGAUGCCAAGAUCCUCAAUACGCUCAGUGAAGCGUUCACGUUAGACGGUCUUUUCGAUAAUCUAGGUGAUGAAGCUGCCUGGGAGGGUGAAGAGGCUGCUGAUACAGAAGCUAUGGCUAAAGAUGUGGACUUCGCAAACACCGCUCCUGUAUCUCAGACUACUGCCCCAACGUACAAACCACCUCAGCCGAUAUACGCUGAUUCGGACGAUGAGGAUGAUUCCGAUGCUGAGCCAUCAACCUUCCGACCGCCGCCAGUCGCAUCAUCAUCAACCUCUUCAUUCCCUACUCAACCAGUCGUACCUCGUCAACCGGUCUUACAGAAUAAUAGGUUAUUCACAGCAGAGGAAUUAGCGGUACUCCCGGCUGGGAUGUUAGAUCGAUCUAAAGCGAAAGCGGCAAUGAAGAAAGCUAAAAAGAGACGUGCGGCAGUAGAGAGGACAGAGGGUGAAUUGAUGUUGGGUUUCAUGGGUAUGGACGUCGAGGAGCCCAUGGCGGAAUUGGAAGAAAUUACGUCGGGCAACGAACGGGAUAUGAUGGGAGGGGAAAGCAGUGUAUUGAGUAAGAAGAGUAAGAAGGAGAAGAGAAAGGCUAAGAAGGAUAAGGAGAAUCAACAGAAACGACAGAAUAAGACGAUGGAUGUGGAUGAAGAGAUGGAUGGAGAAGAUGAAGACGGAAGAAAGGAGAAGGAUUUCGCUAAUUUCUUGGCUAAUAUGGGAGCUGAUGAUUCGGACGAAGAAUUGUAA